GCUACUUAACAAAAUUAUAGUUCCUUCUUGGUGUUUUAGGGUUUAUAUCUUAGCUUGGGAGAUACACAAAGCGAGGAGGGCUACAAUGGGGAACCAGAAACAAAAAUGGACGGCGGAGGAAGAAGAUGCUCUUCUGGCAGGAAUCACCAAACACGGUCCUGGAAAGUGGAAGAACAUCCUUAAAGAUCCCGAAUUUGCCCCUUUCCUCACUACCCGCUCCAACAUUGACCUCAAGGAUAAAUGGCGGAAUUUGAGUGUCAGUACCAAUAAUCAAUGCGCCAGAGACAAAUCCAGAGCACCCCAAGUAAAAGCCAUUGUUGCUUCCCUUCCCACCACUCCCAAUUCUUUAGCUCCAGCAGCUUCACGUGCUCUCAGUGCAACUACUGAUGAUGUUGUGGGCGAUUCUUCGAAUAACAGCUUAGAUGGAAAGAAUGCUCCUAGGUAUAACACAAUGAUUUUUGAAGCCCUUUCAACGAUUAAAGAUACAAAUGGAUCCGAUAUAAGUGCGAUUGUUAGAUACAUUGAGCAAAGGCAUGAGGUUCCGCCAAAUUUUAGAAGGUUACUAAGUUCAAGGCUUAGAAGACUUGUUUCUCAAGGCAAACUGGAAAAGGUACAAAAUUGCUACAAGAUCAAAGAAGAUACAUUGACAGGAAUGGAAUCGCCUACCCCUAAACAAAAAGAUAUGCAUUUAUGGCAGAAUUCUAGUGCAGUGAAUUCUGGUGAAACAGUGGCAGAAGCAGCAAUCACAGCCGCCUAUAAAGUUGCUGAAGCUGAAAAUAAAUCAUUUUUAGCUGCUGAGGCCGUGAAGGAGGCAGAAAGAGUCUCCAAAAUGGCAGAAGAUACCGAUUCAAUGCUUCAGCUAGUGAAAGAAAUCUAUGAACAAUGUUCACGAGGUGAAACAGUUCUGUUGGCUUGAGUCUUAGCUUCCUAGAAUGUAAGUGAUAGUUGUCUUUCUUUUAUUUUAUAAUUUUUGGCAUCUUUGUAUGUAUGUGAAUUGUGAGUCCAUUGAUCUUGUUGAAUGAAUCAAUGCAUCGGCAUUGAAAUGCAUUUAUGACCAUUCAAGAUCUAUGAUGAUUCAUGUAGUUAGUAUAUUAUAAGGUUUAAUUGUACAAUUAGCUCGUUAUAUGAGAGUGGAAACCGGUUUUGACUUUUGGAAACAAAA